UCUAUUCCGUCUUCCUUCGUCUUCAUUCUCAUUCGCUCUUUCCCAACAUGUGAAGGUCUCGAAGAGAGAGCGAGAAGGAGCUCGGCGGGCAUCCAUGGCGACGUUGCAGCUAUUCAAGCUGUUCGGCAUGCAAUGCACGACGGUGUCCCAGAGCCCCUCUCGAAGCCCUGUCGGGAAGCGAGCUGCGGCGGCAAGCGGAAGCCCUUCCGUACAGCUCCGCCGCCGAGUGACGCUUAAGAAGCUUCUAAGCCGGUCUCCUAGUCGACGAUUCGUUCCUCGGGGGAAGCCUUCCGGUGGGAAGCCGGCUGAUCCGGAGGAGAGGAAGGGGCUUCUCAGCCACACACUGCGGGAUCUGCUCGUCUCGUCGCCGCCGAGUGAGGAUGAGGGCGGUGAUGGUGGACGGGGGGGAGGAGGGUUUCGUUUUGAGUCUGGUUCGGGAGGGCGGCGCGGCGCCGGCGUUUCAAGGUUUCGGUCGGUGAGUCUCCGGCAGCGACUGAUGCGCCGAGCUUGGCGUCCCGUUCUCGUCGCAAUUCCUGAGUGACCAAAUAUAGUGAAUAAUUUUCAAGAAAAAGAAGGUAAAAAUCUGGUGUAAUUUUCUCAGUAUUCUGCUAAUUUCCACUGUUUUUGUUAUUGUUCUGUAAAAAAUUGUAUUGUGAUAUGAAUGUGUUCCUGAUAAGAGAGAAUAAAAAGGUGUGAUUUUUAUCUCUUGGUAAAA